AUGCUGACCCUGGAGUUUGUCCUCUUGACCCUCACCGUCUGCGUGACGAUGAUUUGCAUCAACUUUUUCAUAGCCACAUCCUUGUCGCAGAUGACCGAGGCGAACCCGGACGCGGCAAUUCAGCUGACAAAGGCCUUCUCGAUCAUCCUCCCCUGCGGAGCUAUCGUCUACACGCCGGUGAUUGGAAGCCUCGUGGACCGCAUCGGCCCCACCAAAGGAUUCGUCGUGCUGUGGUUUGCUUACCUGGCCUUCCAGCUGCUCCUGGCCAUCCAUGCGGCCACCGGGUACACCGACGCGGCGUGGGGCGCGCCUUGCCGUAGCCCGAGCCGAUGUCUAGGAAGGAGGACCACGGGCCUGGCAGCAGGAUGGCAAGAGUGA